GAAGGCAGCGGGGACUUGUCUACUAAGUGCGUUGACUGUAUAUGAACCAGUAUAUGACUAUUUGAACCAGAAAAAAAUGAGGUAGUGGGAUGUGUCACUACUUCGGUCUCUACUGACAGCUUUGGCUGAAGCUGACAUAUCUAUCUUGUUUCAUUUAUUUAGAAUAUCAUACUUUUCUGGCACUCUUUUCUAUCUGUUGAAUAUCUGUUUUUCUAACGCACCCUGCAUUUACACGCAUGCGCAUUUAAAGAGGAAGCUCAACAUUGGACAUUGCUUCAUCAACAGUUGCCCUAUUUAGUUUAGGUAGUGGCAUAGUACAGCACAAACUACAUUUCGGAAGAAAUCACUCGUUACUGUAGCAAGGAUUUGAAAUACAGUAACGUAGGAUUGUUGUUGUACAUGCAGAAUCUACAAAGGCUCUGAAACAAGGUGCAGUGAUGAGCUUUUUUAGUUUUGGUCAAAGUGCACAAAUCGAUAUAGUUUUGAAUGACGCUGAGACAAGAAAGAAAGCCGAACAUAAGACCGAAGAUGGGAAAAAGGACCAAUAUUUUCUGUUUUAUGAUGGCGAUACAGUAUCUGGAAAAGUCAACUUAACACUGAAGAAUCCAGGGAAAAGACUCGAGCAUCAAGGCAUCAAAAUCGAGUUUAUUGGGAAAAUUGAGCUGUACUACGACAGGGGAAACAACUAUGAGUUUGUAUCUCUGGUUAAAGACUUGGCCCAACCGGGAGAGCUAACGCAGUCCCGGACAUUCGACUUUGAGUUCACAAAUGUGGAGAAACCAUACGAGGCCUACACGGGACAGAAUGUCAAAUUACGCUACUUUCUGCGGGUAACUGUAAGCCGGAGACUGAACGACAUCAGUAAAGAAAUGGACAUUGUUGUGCACACGCUCAGUAUGUUCCCAGAACUCAACUCGUCUAUCAAGAUGGAAGUGGGAAUCGAAGACUGCCUGCACAUCGAGUUUGAGUACAACAAGUCUAAGUACCACCUAAAAGAUGUCAUCGUGGGGAAGAUUUACUUCCUGUUGGUACGGAUCAAGAUCAGACACAUGGAGAUUAAUAUCAUCAAGCGAGAGACGACUGGCACGGGCACAAACGUGUACCAUGAGAACGACACCAUAGCCAAGUACGAGAUUAUGGAUGGAGCACCAGUGAGAGGGGAGUCCAUCCCUAUUCGACUUUUUCUGGCUGGCUAUGAGAUCACUCCUACGAUGAGGGACAUCAACAAGACGUACUCUGUGCGGUACUACCUCAAUCUGGUGCUCAUAGACGAGGAGGAGAGGCGUUACUUCAAACAGCAGGAGAUCACUCUGUGGAGGAGGGGGGACGUAGUGAGGAAGAGCAUGUCCCUCCAAGCGGCCAUCGCCUCACAGCGCUUCGAGUACUCGUCCAGUGACGAGAAAGCCCUAGCUCAUGCCCAGGAUAAGGAACAGUAGCUAAGCCCCAGAAUAGCCUACAAUCCAUCGCUUCGAAAAGGUGUGUGUGUGAGCACUAUGUGUACAUGUCUGUGAAUCUACGACUGUGAGAAAGAAUACAUGUGUGUGUGCUCGUCAGGUCAUCUAUGACAGAGUAUGUGUGAUGUCCAAAAUUAUGUGAACAGCAGCCAUUUUAGGCAUAACCUCGCCCCUUUCAACUUUGCCAUUUCAUCAACAACACUGAUGAUGUUACUUUCUCCAACAACUGCAGCUGAAAAGAUGUCACUAUAAUUCAAUGUUUGAAGAAAUAAGGCGUUCUCAUGGUAUGUUUUAUGAACUUUUAGCCAGGUUUUUCUGCUGUACUGAUUAUUGUAAUGUCUUUUUUCUGUCCUUUUGAAUUAGUGAUGUGUCUUAAACCAAACCAAACAGCUGCUGUUGAGAAACCUUUUAGGCAUCUCUUAAUGAGUACGUGUCUUUGGCAGUUGGACUCAAUGGACAUGCAAGUCCUCUUAAGGCCUGGUUACACCUUGCAUUAACAUGUGGGCGUCAUCCAAUCAAGAUGAUCAGAUCACUAUCUGAUCAAGGUUUGUGGUGUACACACAUGGUAUUAAGAUUUGUCUCUUAGUUAGUGCAAGGUAUAAACGUGACUUUAAAAUCAGAAUGCGAAAUGUCAUGCGACUUUAGAUGCACACCAGCUUAGGGAAAAUGACUUUUGAAUUGUCAAACAAAUUAUUUGUAUAAAACAUUGCAUUCCAUUCUAUCAUCAAAAAUAACACUACAUUCCAAACUUUGUCAUUAUCAGUAGAUGCAAACAUGUAUAUUUUGUUCAUGUAUUUGAUAUUUUAUCAGCAUUAUACAUGUUCUGGGUUUGUCUAGAUGACUUAUGUCCAUUGACAAUGGGCGAGUUAGUUUUGCAUGGCCCAGUGUGGUACACUAAUGGUUUCUCGGAACUGAUGGCUUCUACGGUUGCGUUAGGAUAGUUAGUAGUAGGUUAGGAUAAUUAACGUUACAGGUUAGCGGCAGGUAGCCUAGUGGCUAAGAAUGUUGGCACUGGAACUGAAAGGUCGGUGGUUUGAAUCCCCGAGCGACUAGGUGAAACAUCUGCCGACGUGCCCUUGAGCAAGGCACUUAACUCUAAUUGCCUUAAUAAAAUGUGAAAUGUUAGGACAGUUAGGUUAAGGUUAGGCUGAGCAAAAAUGCGCUACUCCAUCUAACCAUAGAAACCAUCAGUAUCACCACACCGGUUCCCCUGGUAGGCAGAGUUUUCUCAUUUUAGACCAUUCCAUUGGUCCUGAUGAAAUCACUACCCACUCAAAACAAACUCCCCCCACUGCUACUGCUGUUAAUACAAGUGUGGCAGAUUUUGGUGUAACCUUUCCAACUUAUGAACUGAAUAUAUGAUCAAUUUAAUACCUUUCUUUUUUAUUUGAACAAGAUCUACAGUUUUCUGUCUGUAAUUGGUUUGAAAAGUACCUAGAAAACAUUACCAACACCGGUUACAUUUUUUCCUUAUGGUUAAUUGCCAAAUGGUUCUAGUUCAAUUCUAGAAGCUUAUUCACAGCUUAUUUUUCUUGUCAUCUCCAACCAUUUUAUACCAGGUACAUGACUUCCGGUGUAAAUGCACUGAAGUCCUCAUAACGUGUGCCGGGCACUGUCAUAUUGACUGGAAAUAAUAUGAAGAAACAAAGAAUAUGUUAGUCUUUUGGAAUGGUGUUUUGUAUUAUGCUCUAACUAGACUUCAGGCUAGAUUCAAUCAGAUUCACGCUAGCCGACUCCCUCAUAGCUGUUGUUUUUAAGGUGUCGGAGGUAGAACUGGGUUAGAGCUGUCAAAUCCACAAGGGUCUCCCAGGAUUAUACCUAUCGUGGACAUUGCCAUUGGCUGCACAUACUCGCAUUAGUAUAAAUCCCAUGCAGCCGUACAUUCUUAUUCUGAACUUCUAGCGUGAGUAGGGUGGGUGUGGUUUCGUGACGAUGAACACACGAGCAGUUGGUCACCAACUGACAUAUUGCUUAAAUAAAAACAAAGAUCUGCCUUGUGUGUACUGGUUAACGGUGAAGUGAGGUAAUCUAGGCCUUCGUGAAUGUUUACAGCCCUUUUUGGGCACCUGAUAAAUGGACUGAAACUGUAUUGUCCAUAGACGUGUGGGUUCAUUAAAUCCUAUGGGCUGGGCUACAGUGUC